AUGAGCAAUUCCAAGAUACCUUCUUUAUCGUCGACGCCAUCGGCUCCAAAUUCAUAUCCACGAUUGAAACGAGCUAGGCUGUCUUUAGGGAACUCUAUGUUGCACGACGUCACUAACAAUGUUAAUAAUAGAUUGGUCUCUCGUAGAAGUCUGGCAGGUAAUAUAAGUACUGCCACCACUACUUCAUCUUCUUCCCAAAGUAUGAGACUAAUGAAUAAAUAUCUGUUUGGAGAUGCAAAUGUAAUUGAAGAGGUUAAAAAACGAGAAAGAAAGAUUUUGAAAGAUAUUAAUCGAUUCAUAAAUGCAAUUGCAGAGAUAGAAAAGGAAACUGUGCAGAUUAAGGAACGUCAAUUGCCCGAUAUUCAAUAUCAAAUUUCUAAAAAGAAGACAAUGUGCAAUGAAUUAGAGAAAGAAAUUUUGCAAUUAACCUCUCAGCUGGAUUUGAAAGAAGGUGAAUGCGAAUUACAAAGGAAAAAUGAAGAAUUAUCAAUUUCAAAUUUACAAUUUAAAUAUUCUGUAGAGGUACAAGAAUUAGAAAAUGAAUUAGAAGAAAAAUUAAACAAAGAGAAAUUGAAUUGGGAAAGACAAGUACUAGAACUAGAGAAUAUGGAGCCAAGUGAAAAAAUAGCACAGGAAAUCAAAGAUCUUAAAGACGAAUUGGUUCAAGUAAAUGCAGAAUGGAAAAAAGUACAGCUUGAUAAUGAGACUCAAAGGAAGAAGUAUGAAUCAAAACUUGCAGAAGAAUUCGUCACUUUUAAAAAGCAAAAAGAAGAACCAAUGAUUUCCCUAUUGAAAGAGCAAAAAGAAUUGGAAGCAAAAAAGGAGAACUUAAAGAAAGAGAACGAAAAUUUGGAGGAUGAAAUAAAUAAUAAAGUACAAAUGUGUAUUGAUAUCGAAAAGGAAAUAGAAUCAUUAAAUCAAAAUUUUGCAUCACUUGAGAAUAAACUAUCGCCAUUAAACAAUGAUUAUGAAAAAGUGUCUAAAGAAUUUGAAACCGCUGAAAAAAAUUUGAAAUCUGUUCAAGCUAAAGCCCUUGAAAAGGAAAUAUUAUACAAUGAAGAGUUUGAUAAAAUGGAACAAGAACAAAUAAGAAGAAGAAAAUUGGAAAAUUCUAUAGAUGAAUUGAAAGGUAGCAUACGAUGUUUUGCUUAUCUUUCUGAGUCAACCUUAACAGAGUCAUAUAAAAUUGAUUAUUCAAAGAAAACAAUUGAAUCAGUAGAUUUAGAUAGCAAAAAUAAUGCUGUGGCAAAAUCUUAUUCAUUCACCAGACUAAUACCAUCAACUUUACUAUCUGAAGAUGAUUUGUUAUUUCAAGAGUAUCAAUGCUAUCAUGAUAUGUGCUUAGAAAAUAAGUCCAAUUUUAACUUAAUAUCUGUUGGCACUUUCCCCUGGGCAAACCUCGUAACUGCUUUAACCAAGUUUCUAUUUCCAAAAUAUCUCCAUGAUUACAAUAUUUCUCUGCAGCAUGUCUUUCUUUCUGAAGAUGUUCCUUCUCAAGAUUUAUUAUUGUCUUCCUCAGAUAAUUCAGAUAAUGAAAUAAAAUUGAAAAUAGAAGAAGAUUCAAUUGAAUUAGAUUCACGUAUUAUAAAUAUUACUUCCGGUGUAGAGGAUCUUCCCUCAACGUUUUUUGAAAAGAGAGUCCAACUUCCUUCAGGAAUAACUAUUUUGAAAUUAACCUUUACACCAAAAAAUACGGAUCUUGAUGAAAACAUAGUAAAUUAUUACUUUGUUGAAAUCUAUGAUGGAAAUACGAUUUCUACUUUAAACAAGGCUGUUACUUAUGGAGAAUCAGAAAAGACUCCAAUAACAUUAAUUUUAAAGAAAUUACUUUCUGAUACAAAAUCAUGUUUCGUUUUCAAUUUGAACGACACAACAAAUAAUAAUAAGUUAUUGGAUGUUUCUCAGAAAAUUAUGAAAUUAAAGAAUCCUAAGAAGAAGAGAAAGGCCCAACAAUGA